UUUCCGCAUCGACUGCACGAUGACGUCAGUGCGUCAGCGUCGGGACGGGGGCACGGAGCCGCCGGAGGGUCGAGAGAGAUGGAGAUCGAGCAGGAGCUGCUCGGGCUGUAAGCGGGGGGACUCGGCGACGGUGCGAACACCCGACUGUCUCGUCGUUCGAACGCGAAUGCUGCGCGAGGACCCGCGGAGGGAGAGCUUCCGUCGCAGUGAGGCAGCUGAUGUAGGCAGAGCCGGGGACGGCUGGAGCGGCUGGGCUUCUUCUGGAGAGGGAAAACAACAUGGCUGCGGUGGAGCUCGAAUGGAUCCCAGAGACACUGUACAACACGGCUAUCUCGGCCGUGGUGGACAACUACAGCCGAUCCAGAAGGGACAUACGGUCCCUGCCGGAAAACAUUCAGUUCGACGUGUAUUAUAAGCUUUAUCAGCAGGGCCGACUCUGCCAGCUCGGAGGAGAGUUCUGUGAGCUGGAGGUGUUUGCUAAAGUUCUACGGGCCUCAGACAAAAGACACCUCCUGCACCACUGUUUCCAGGCCCUAAUGGACCAUGGUGUGAAGGUUGCCUCAGUUCUGGCCAACUCCUUCAGCCGCCGCUGCUCCUACAUCGCAGAGUCUGAUGCCCAUGUCAAAGAGAAGGCCAUCCAGUUUGGCUUUGUGCUGGGUGGAUUCUUGUCGGAUGCGGGUUGGUAUGGAGAUGCAGAGAAAGUAUUUCUGUCGUGCCUGCAGCUGUGUACGCUCCACAGUGAGGUCCUCCAUUGCUACCGGGCUGUAGAAUGCUGCGUCAGGCUGCUUCAUGUCCGCAAUGGUAAUUGUAAGUACCAUCUGGGGGAGGAGACCUUCAAGCUUGCUCAGUCUUACAUGGACAAACUAGCCAAACAUGGCCAUCAGGCCAAUAAGGCUGCGCUUUAUGGCGAGCUUUGUGCCUUGCUCUUCGCCAAAAGCCACUAUGAUGAGGCAUACAGGUGGUGUAUAGAGGCCAUGAAGGAAAUAACUCCAGGGCUGCCUGUCAAAGUAGUGGUUGAUGUCCUCCGGCAAGCCUCCAAGGCCUGCGUGGUGAAGAGAGAGUUCAGAAAAGCAGAGCAGCUGAUCAAACAUGCAGUGUUUCUGGCAAGAGAACAUUUUGGACACAAGCAUCCCAAGUACUCGGACACGCUACUAGAUUAUGGAUUUUACCUAUUAAAUGUUGACAACAUAUGUCAAUCAGUGGCUAUUUACCAGACGGCGUUGGACAUCCGACAAUCCGUGUUUGGGGGGAAGAACAUCCACGUUGCCACAGCCCAUGAAGACCUGGCCUACUCAUCCUACGUGCACCAGUACAGCUCUGGGAAAUUUGACAAUGCUCUAUUCCAUGCAGAACGUGCCAUAGACAUCAUAACUCACAUUCUGCCUGAGGACCAUCUGCUGCUGGCCUCCUCCAAAAGAGUCAAAGCCCUCAUCCUGGAGGAAAUCGCCAUCGACUGCCACAAUAAAGAGACAGAGGAGCGCCUCCUGCAGGAAGCUCACGAUCUGCACCUCUCCUCUCUUCAGCUGGCCAAGAAGGCCUUCGGAGAGUUCAACGUCCAGACAGCCAAACACUACGGCAACUUAGGACGACUCUACCAGUCCAUGAGAAAGUUCAAGGAGGCAGAGGAGAUGCACAUCAAAGCCAUCCAGAUCAAGGAGCAGCUCCUGGGCCACGAGGACUACGAGGUGGCUCUGUCUGUUGGUCACCUGGCAUCUCUCUACAACUACGACAUGAACCAGUAUGAAGACGCAGAGAGGCUCUACCUGCGCUCCAUCGCUAUUGGUAAGAAGCUGUUUGGAGAGGGGUACAGUGGGCUGGAGUACGACUACCGAGGCCUGAUCAAACUCUACAACUCAGUGGGAAAUUACGAGAAGGUGUUUGAAUACCACAACGUGCUGUCCAACUGGAAUCGGCUGAGGGACCGGCAGUUUGCUGUGGCAGACGCCCUGGAGGAUGUCAACACGACGCCCCAGCAGACCCAGGAGGUGGUGCAAGCUUUCUUAUUGGCUCAAAGCUUAGGCCCCACCCGCCCCUGUCUCGGCUGAUUUUAUACGUGAUGAGAGGAAAAACAGACACGUGGGGUUUCGGCUGGUGAGGACACGAAAUGAGCCCAAAUGUGAUGCUUCAGUGGCACACAACUAAUUAGUAAUACACAGUAAAUCCGAGCAUCACUGGUAAGUGAGUUGGCUGGUGUGGUCAACUGCAAGCUGCCAGUGUGUACACAAGACACACACACAUCUAGUCAUGGAAUAAGUAGAGAAGACACUGUUGUCAAACCUCAUUGACACCAACACAAACCACCAGGAUGCAACUUCAGACAGGAUGCAGCUUCACCUCAGAUAAUACUGUUCCAUUUCUCCAAGAGAAAGAACCCAUGACUGAGGUGGGGGGGUUACAAAAGACCUCAAACAUCCUGCAAGGAUGACUAAUGACCCCUUCUCCUCGCUAGUCUUGCUUGCCUUUUUCUUUUCAGUUUGGAAUCUGAGGACAUUUUUGCUUUUGUAUUUGAACCGGAGUAGCUCUUGAUACCAUGACACUCAUUUCAGAUCAAAACCAUGUUCUCCAGGAUUGUAUGUUACAGAGCAUCUGGACCCCACAUGAGAAAUGUGUUUCAGCUCACAUCCAUCAGCAUCAUAACUCAUCGGAUCACAGAUGGAAGUUGUCUGAUAUUUUUGACACUUGUACAGUGAAAUGAUACGGCAGAUUGUACACUUCUAUUUCAGUUGAAGGCUUCUUUGUUAUUUUCUUUGCAAGGAAAUGAAAGUGGACCUUCUUAUGAACUGCUUGGUGGAGAGAUUAAACAGUGGAAUGUGUUGAACCAGUGGGUGAAUUGUUACACACAUAACAGGUCACAGGUUUGUUUUCAAUUUAUUUUAUCUGUUUUUUCCAGCGUAGUCCUGACAUAGCAUCAUUAAAAUGCCAAUAACUUAUAUGCA